AUGGCCAAAAUCCAGGAGGUUUGGCACAUUCAAGAGGAAGGAUAUCUUGAAUUGGUGAAAAAGAAUCCGGGAAGGCCCAACUAUGAACGAUCGCCCACACCAUGCCCGUUGAUCGUCUCCGUAAGCCCGGGCCGUCAGCGACGAGCUACUUCUCGCUUGAACACACCCGGCGUCACAGUGUCUCCGCCAGAGAGAUGGGACUCUACUACUCCCGCACCUUCCCGACGUAAUGGAGCGACUGGUAUUGAGGAUCAGCGGGACCAGCGAUCCUCACUUGCUCCACCAGACCCCACUUCUGCCCCUGGUCGGCCUCGAGACUCUAAUCGGAUCGCGUCUUACUCUCCGGGGCCUAUAAUCCAAAUAAAUAUAGAAGAAUUCAUGGCAAAAAUGGCAAGAAAAGAAAAUUGGGAUCAAAAGAGUGCAGCGGAGCGGAAGAUAGCGGAAGCGAGGGCCCAGGCUCUGUUUGAGAUGCUUCAGGAAGGAGUGUGA